AUGUCUCGCCUUCUUGCAUUCGUCAUAGUCCUCCUUGCAGUGGCAGCCUCCGGUGGAGCUCAGGAGCCGGCUGCUUCCCCAGAGCUCUCCACCACCACUUCAUCCCCAACCUCCAGCCCCAUCUCAUCUCCAGCUCCUAUCUCCUCCACUGAGUCCUCCCCUACUCCAUCUUCUUCUCCAGUCUCAUCCCCAUCUCCAUCCACAUCUCCAUCGUCAUCCCCAUCCAUUGCUCCAACCACUUCUUCACCUCCACCGGAAGUUAGCUCCCCAGUUGAAGCCCCGGGGCCAUCGAAUGACGAGAGCCUUCCCGCAGAUAGUCCUGAAGCCGACUCCCCGGACAAUGAUAGUCCAGCCUUAGAUGAGGAUAUAGGGACGCCUGAGGGUGCUCCGGCCCCCUCUGAGGAGGAUGAAGAUUCCGGCAGCUCUAAUGUGCGUGUUGGUGCUGGGCUCUUUUUGACCUCUCUGGUUGCCAUUUAUGCUAUAUGA